ACCCGGGAGGCCGCUCUGGACUCUGCACCCUCGGGUGUGUUCGUCCUGCUGCCCUCGGGCUGGUUAGUCCUCCUCUGCCCGUCCAUGGAAGGGGCCAGGCCUCCGUCGCCGGGAGAUGAGCUGGAGCUCUCUGUGCUCGAAGGGCUGCCGGACGAGCAGACGCCUCUCAAUGGAGCCGUCCAGGUGAUCCCUUCUUCAGCCGAGGAGCCCUACCCAGCCCAGGCUAACGAGGAAAGCUCUUGGAGCUCCUGUAAUAAGAAUGUGAUUGGAAAGUGCAAACUGUGGAUGGUCAUCACCUCUAUUUUCCUAAGUCUCAUUACUGUAGUCAUCAUAAGCUUAUGUCUUAUUGGAGUAACUUACAUCGAUGAAGAUGAAAAUGAAAUACUUGAAUUAUCAUCAAAUAAAACAUUCUUGGUCAUGCUAAAGAUUCCAGAGGACUGUGUUACUGAAGAGGAAUUGCCUCAUUUGCUCACGAAAAGGCUCACAGACGUGUACAGUUCAUCCCCAUCUCUGAGUCGUUAUUUUACUUCGGUGGAAAUAGUUGACUGCAGCCGUGAAAAUGCCACGAUAACCUACCACCUGCAGUUUGGGGUUCCAUCGGAAGAUGACGGUUUCAUGAAGUAUAUGAUGUGCGAGGAGCUGCUGCGGGGCGUUUUGCUGCAGGAUUUCCACGAUCAGCACGUGUCUGGUUGUGAGACUCUGGGGCUUGAUCCAGCGUCCCUCUUGUUCUACGAAUGGAGUGGUGGAGGUUGGUCUGUGUCUGAAAGCAGUGCUCCACUGAAUUUUGAGAUGCAGAGUAUUCAUUCUGUUUUAUGGAAAAGAUCCGGUGAAUUAACGUAGGAUUCGCAAUGACCAGAGGGGUGGAGAUGGUCCUGUUUCUCCUGUUUCUGCGGCU